AUGGCACUGCAGCUUCACACGAGGAAGGGGCUGCUGGUGGCGCGCGGGAAGCUCCACGUCCUGCUCUUCAAGGAGGAGGCUGAAAUCCCAGCCAGAGCCUUCCAGAAGGCGCCGGAGCCCUUAGGCCCGCUGGAGCAGUCUGAGCCCGGCCCAGAGCAGCUGGAGGCUGAAGUUGGGGAGAGCUCGGAUGAGGAGCCCGUGGAGUCCAGGGCGCGGCGGCUGCGGCGCACGGGGUUAGAGAAGGUACAGAGCCUGCGAAGGGCCCUAUCGGGCAGAAAAGGCCCUGCAGCGCCCACGCCUGUCAAGCCUCCCCGCCUUGGGCCUGGCGGGAGCGCUAAUGGCCAACCCGAAGAAGCUCUGCCUGCGCUGGAGUCCAAGCUGGAGCCAGAACCUCCGCAGGACACCGAGCAAGAUCCCGGGAGACCUGGGGCUGCCCAGCUGGCCGUGCUCCAAAUAGAGAGUGCGGCCUGAUGGCUGGUGCGCCUGCCUCCCCUGUGCCUAUGCUUAGUCCCAAAAUAAAUCUUCCUCUCGGAAGGCAGCAUUCACGCCCAAAUAAGGAGCGGAUCCUGCAUCCACAGCCCAGCCUUGGUCCUCCCUCCCGGGAUCCUUCAGCCCAGCACCCUGGGUCCUGGGAGCAGCCACUUACAUCUGCUUGUACUCACCAUCAAUAAAAGCAAUGCUACCUAA